AUGGGUGUGGGAAACAAGAGAACGCUCACAAAGACUCGGCGGACACUCAGAGGCCUGGAUCAAAUCAAAGAUGAUCUCCUCUCCGCCAAACAUUUGUCGCAGUACAAGGACUCCAAAGCAGCUGAGGACCUGCCUGGUCUGGGUCGCCACUAUUGUGUAGAGUGUGCCAAAUGGUACGAGACCGACAAGAGUCUCGUCGCACACCGCCGUGGGAAACCCCACAAGCGCAGAGUUAAGCAGCUUAAGGAGGGUCCAUAUGAUCACAAAGAAGCCCUCGCUGCUGCUGGGCUGAGAAUAGAUAAUGGGAAACGAGAAAACGACCCCAGCACCGACGACGUUGACAUGGCUACCUGA